AUGGAUUCCAAUGAUUUCACUUAUUGGGGUAAACAAAUGAUUGAUUUUAUAUCAAAUUAUUUACAAACUAUUCGUAAAUAUCCUGUUUUACCAAAUGUGGAACCUGGUUAUUUAAAACAUUUAAUACCAAAUCAACCACCUGAACAAUCAGAUACAUGGAUGAAUAUAUUUGAUGAUGUGAAAAAGUUUAUUUUACCCGGUCUGACGCACUGGCAACAUCCUCAAUUUCAUGCCUACUUUCCGGCAGCGAAUUCAGUACCAUCAAUCAUGGCUGAUAUGUUAUCUACGGCACUAGGUUGUAAUGGAUUUUCAUGGGUUGCAAGCCCUGCAAUUACAGAAUUAGAAAUUUUGAUGUGUGAUUGGAUUGGAAAGCUUUUAAAUCUACCUGAUACAUUUUUGCAUAGUAGUGGGAUCGGUGGAGGUGUAAUACAAUCGUCAGCAAGUGAUUGUAUAUUUGUAUCAAUGUUAGCUGCUCGUCAUCAAGCAAUUGAGCGUUACAAACAUCUAGAAAUGAUCAGUGAUUUAGACCCUGAAAUAAUAGUUCUCUCCAAACUUGUGGCAUAUGCAUCCACGUUAGCUCAUUCAGCUGUAGAAAAGGCUAGUGUGCUUGGUUUUGUAAAGUUACGACUUUUACCGGUCGAUGAAAACUUUAGUAUUCGAGGUGAAACGUUACAACGUGCUAUUAAAGAAGACAAGUCUAUGGGACUUAUUCCAUUCUACGUGUGUGCAACACUCGGAACAACAUCAUGUUGUUCAUUUGACCAUUUAAAAUCUAUUGGACAAGUAUGUCGUGAAAACAAUAUCUGGUUACAUGUGGACGCUGCAUAUGCUGGGAAUGCAUUCAUAUGUCCGGAGUUCAGACACUACUUAGAUGGAAUUGAGGAUGCUUGGUCCAUCAACAUCAAUCCAAACAAGUGGAUGCUAGUCAGUCAUGAUUGCAGUCUUAUGUGGGUACGUGAUUCGAAAGCUCUCACUAAGAGCAUGAUUGUCAAUCCGUCAUAUUUGCAACAUAAACAUAACACGCUCGAUUUUCGGCAUUGGGGAAUUCCUUUAAGUCGAAGAUUUAGAUCGCUUAAAUUAUGGUUUGUAGUUCGAAUAUAUGGAGCAACAGGUUUGAGGAAUUAUAUUAGAUCACAUGUACAACUUGCAAAAUAUUUUGUGAAUAAGGUGAAAACAAAUAAUGCUUAUGAAAUUGUUGGUAAUCCAGCUAUGGGACUUGUAUGUUUCAGAUUAAAGGGAUCAAAUGAAUUGACUCGAUGUUUAGUUCAUCUUAUUAAUAAGAGCCGGGAAAUUCAUAUUGUACCUUCGAUGGCCAGAGAUAUCUACUUUAUUCGAUUUUCUAUAAAUCAUGAAAAAGCUUGUAUUGAAGAUAUUGAUUAUUCGUGGUCAGUGAUUGAAACAUCUCGAAAAAUACUAACCACUCAACAUUUCUAUAAACAACAUCUAUCUAUUAUGAACAUGAAGCGAAAUUCAUACAUUCCAAUAAAAGCUGCAUCAUUUAGCGAUGAUUAUACAUCAUCAAAUUCCACCGAAUUUCAAGGUAGACAUGGAUCUACGUCUGCAGAGGAAUCAGUCAAAGUUGAGUGGUGA